AUGUUAAAAGCACAAAAGAAGAAAGAAAAACGCAAGUGGAAACAGUUGCGAAAGGAGUUAAAUGAAGCGGCAUUGGUUCAAGAGGGUGAUCCGUCUCUGAUAAAAGAAACGUCUCAGUCAGUUUUGGAAAAUUCAGCUAACGAGGAAGAUAGUUUUUCGGAAUGGCAAAAGAGACUUCGAACAAUGCGGCAUUUAAAAAAUCCUCCAAAAAUCAGCAUGAGUUUUAAUGGAUUGAAUGGUUUAGAUCUUGGAAGUCGUACGAAAAUAAUCACUUUAAAUAGCAAUGCAUAUAAUGUACGUGCAAGUCUUUUUCCUGUGAUAAAUUUUGAAAAAUUUUUCGACAUUGCGGAAUUGGUUCAUUAUGUUACGUUUCGAAAUGUUGAGAAGCCUCUUUGGAUUGCUGUACAACCAAGUCGAGGGGUUCUGCAGACGGUUGUAUUUAGAUUUAAUUGCGACGUUGAAUUAGUGGUUGAUGGUAAAGAAAAUACUUAUAUGGAAAAAUUUUUUGGAAUUAAUACUCAUAAUUAUAUGCUAGAAAAAUCUUGGAAUAAAGCUGAUUUUUGGGCAGAUAUGUUGAAUGUUUCAGUGUCAAGAUUUGAUAGUGUGCAGAAAAUUUUGAACAAUGCAGGUGUUUUAGAAAGACACAUUAAUUCGAAUAUGAAUCGUAAAAUAUUAGUUGAUUUGCGAGAGAUGGUCAACCGUUGUUUUCCUUUUCCAACAACGAAUCUUCCGUAUGUUGAAGAAUUUUCUUUACCUCCGGUUGUACCAACAAAAGUACCUUUUCUUGUGAGCAGAGAAUUAAUAUUUCAGGAGAAGUAUAGUUCGUUGAGAGAUGAUUCACCCUUUUUUGCAAUUGAUUGUGAAAUGUGCACUACUGAAAGAGGAGAAAGUGAACUGACAAGGAUAUCAGUAGUGAACGAGAAUUAUGAAGUUUUACUGGAUACUCUGGUGAAACCAAGGAAUAAAAUAACUGAUUACGUGACGAAGUAUAGUGGCAUUACUGAACAAAUGCUAGAGGAUGUAGAUGUUCGAAUUGAUGACGUACAAAAAGCGCUUUCACAUAUUUUACCCAGUGAUGCGAUUUUAGUUGGCCAUACUCUUGAAUGUGACUUUAAUGCAUUGCGCAUCACACAUCCAUAUUGUGUUGAUAUAUCUUUGUGUAUGAAUUUGUCUGGUGAUGAACGUCAGCGAUCAUCGUUGAAAACAUUGGCAAAGAUAUUUUUGGGUGAAGAGAUUCAGAGAGAAAAUGGGCACUGUUCUGUCGAAGAUGCAACUAUUACGAUGCGCUUACUCAAUGUCGACUUUGGGAAUGUUCUUAUGGGUUGGAGUUUUAAUCGUUGGGCUCUGGCAAAUGGUAUCAGUACUUCCGGAGCAAUUAUUAAAGAUAAAGUUAAACCUUAUUCAAAUGUUGACAUCAAUCAACGAAAGAAGCUAUGCUUGAAUAAUGAGGAAAAUAUAAUACAUAAAUGUGAUAAAUGUCGCAGACCGUUAUCUGUUGCAUGCAUUGUGCCUAACUGUGCAUGCAAACAGAAUGUAGUGAAAUAUUGUGUAAUUUGUUGUUUACAUACUUCAAUACCACAUGUAUCAAAUGAGUCAACUUUUCACUGGAGCGAUGUUUUUGAAGCUAAUGUCAUUAAUGGUUUUAAACCUAUUUCACAUCAUUUGCAACUGGAAAAAAACAAAAGUGCUUUUUAUGCCCUUCCCGGAUACAUGAAAAAAUUCAUCAGCAAUAAACAUGAGACGUUUGUCGAUACUGAUAGUUACAACUCACUAGACGAUUUGGUCAGACGUGUUAACGAAGAAGUGAUUUCACAUGAUAUAGUGAUGGUCGAUUUUGACGUAGCCAAAUUGUGCAGCGAACCAGAUGGGGCACCUCUUUAUGCUGUUGAUGAUGCACUUAAGCAGAUGAUUUCUUUUGCAUCAUUAAAUUCCUUGAUAAUUCUUGUUUUAUCAUCUCCCCAAGAAUCGGUUUGUCAUGUACAGAUGAAAACUCAAAUAGCUCGCAAAAUACCGUCACUUUUGUUAAUUACUGGCGUUCGUGGUAUUAAUGGCUCAGGAGGACGUUUUUUCAGAAUUUAUGUUGCAUAUUCUUUAAUUCCAUCGGCAAUGUCGUUGAAACGCAUUGCAGUAAUGUCAGCUGUGCAUUAUUACAAACCAUUGGUGGUAUCCUUAUGCCAGAAGUCCACUGCAUCGUUACAACCUAAAAAUAAAGUGGAUCUACCAGCUAACUUCACGGUUUUUGUUUACGAAAUGAUUUCUCCGAUUUUCACGAUUUUGAAUUAUAAGUGUCUCGAAGUUUUAUGUUGUAAAUUUUGGUUAUUGAAGGAAACUGAUGGGAAACAUGAAAAAACAGUACCGUCAAUGUUCAGAACGUCAGUACCUCCGCAACCAAUUAAUCUUAAUUACCCUAAUAGAUUUAUGAAGCCCAAUUUUGAUCCUGAAGUAGAUUUAAAGAAUAUUGUUAUGGAGAUGCCACACUUUAUAUGGGAUAAUGCAGUGGAAGUGAGUAAGGAUGUGAAAAGUCAUUUUGGCAUUUUUAAACCGAGUAUUCUUGAAGAUUUUGGUAAUUUGCGUCAUGGUCAGUUUCGAAAAGAUAUCUUAUUUAAGACACCGGAGUCGUUUAAAUGUUGGAGAACUGGUGCUGAUUCGGAUAGUAAUGAAGGAUUUUCUAAAUGUGAAUUUAUACCUACUGACCGUAAAACAGCAUUAUUUAGAGGAAAUUUAAGCACGGAGUUGUUAAAAGAUGGAAAGGUAGAGCGGGCAGGAUGGGCUGCAAUCAAAUUUGAAGAACGUGGACCUUUUUUUAGAAAAAGAUAUUUCAGAAAAUGGUGUAAUUAUUCUCAUUUUCUAAUAAAGUGCCGUGGUGAUGGACGCACUUACAAAAUCAUUUUAAAUUCACCGCUCUUUCUUGAUGUUACAUGGGGUAAUUCUCAUAGCUACUAUCUUCAUACACAUGGAGGUCCUUACUGGCAAUAUGAAGCUAUUCCAUUUUCAAAGUUUAUUUUCACUAUACGAAAUCGAAUUAUGGAUAGACAGCAUCCGGUUAACAACGCUAAUGUGAGUUCAUUAUUAAUAAUGUUGAUGGAUAGGAUUGACGGUGAUUUUUCGCUCGAAAUUGACUAUAUUGGAGUAGUGCAUGAUAGAACUCAUUUAGAAGAACAUGCCUAUGAAAGUUAUCAAUUGCCAAUUUUGUAUACUGAAGCUAGGUUUUAUGCUUUAUGGGCUUGGAAAUCUUGGAUGAGUGUUAAGUGGUCGACUGGAAUAAGGUUUCUUUCAACGAAGAUCUUAUCACCAUUAUCUGCUCGUAUAGUAUUAAAAAAUAUCAAUUGGUUCACCGGUGAAAAAGAUUUGGAAAAUUAUUUUGGUCGCUUUGGGAAAGUGCAGCACGUCAAAUUAGUAUAUGAAAAAGAAACUGGCUUACAUAAAGGUUAUGCUUUCAUUACAUUUGAAUGCAUUGAAGAUGCUCUAAAAGUUGUACAACAAGGAAUUCAUCACAUUGAUAGGCGAAAAGCUGUUGCGAAGAUUGCAGUACCUCUUGGAAAAGCUGGUACAGCUGUUAAAAAAACAUUUAAUAGUGCUCAUCGAAAUAGCAAAGAUCUUUUCGUUAAAAGAAUCAGUUGGGUUACUGGUGCAAAAGAACUGUCAGAUUAUUUUUCUCAAUUUGGGAAAAUUACCAACAUUACUUUGCCAUUUGAUUUGAAAACAGGCUUGCACAAGAGUUAUGCAUUUAUAUCAUUUCAAAAUAGUGAUUUUUACGAGAAUAUCAAAAAAUUUCAAGGAAAACACAUAAUUGAUGAUGAAGAAGUAAUAUUGACAUUAGCUAAUGAAGUGGAAUCUUUGUCUUUGGAUGCUUCGACGCUCGAUCCUGCAAAAAACAAAUACAGUUCAAAGAUGAAUAUUUUAAACUCAAAUAAAAGUGAUGAUGUUGUAAUAGAGGAAUUUAUUAAAGCAGAGGAUAACGUGGAAUCGAAGAAAACUAAAAUUCAUGGAAAAAAUUCUUUGAUAGGUGUGUUGAACUUACAAGAUAAUAACAAACACUUAAAACAACUAGAUUAUUUAAAUUCAGGAAAAGGACCCAAAAAUGAUAAUGGGUUGAAGAAAGCUGUUCUUACGAUACUCAGAGAUCCAGUAAAAGUAAGCGAGGAAGGCAGUAAUGAUAAAACUCAACAAAGCUACACUGUUUUGCGUCGUCCUAAUAAGGUUGUGACGAAUAGUUUCCGUGAUUUUAAUAAAUUUUCAGAUGGUGCGUUCAAAAUUUCAUCUCAGAAAUGGGGAGAUGCAGAAAAGUUUUGA